CUGCUGUACCGUCUGCCUGAAACAGGACUCUUACGAGCUAAGCAGGCGACUAACCACAUUAAACCUACAAAGAGGCUUUUUUUUUUUUUUUUUUUUUCUUUUUUAAAUAUUUGCCAGUUUGUGAAGAUAUACACAGUCGCGUUUAACCUACGUGUCCACCAGUUUGCGCCUCGGUGGACUGCUUCAUGCGCUUCAGUAAACCACUGCAGCAGGAACUGAGCACGAAGCGGCCGCUGUUGUUGUUGUGAGAGAAGAAAACAAGCUCGGCGAGCAGAGCAGAUCAUUGACAGAGUUCAGUACACACAGGCUUCGUGUGAUAGCUAGUAUUAGCUACUGGAAGCUUUGAGCGGCGCAGCUCCGAGGCUCCACGACAGGCGACUACUGGGAAUAUAAAUAUAUAUAUAUAUAAAUAUAUAUUUUUUGACUUUUUUUUUUUGUUCGAGGUAAGAACACUAAUGAGUACUAGCUGACACGCUAACUAGCUGCUAGCUUGGAGAUAUUUUGGCCGGCUGUCCUGUUUGCUCGUAUCGUAUUGGGGUCGUGGUCAGCGUCCUCGCCGCCGUCCGACGCGCCACUGGGCCCAGCUGCCCUUCUGCUGUAACGUUGAACGUCGCUGCUCCUUGGUGACUCUUAAAGUGCGUUUAAAAAGCCAACGACCUACCUCGGACUUGAAGGUAACGUUUGCUGACUUUGUCUCAGCUAGCUAGCUACCACACUGGGAGGAUGUGGACGUGUUAACAGUACGGUAAUGUUUACGUUAGGGACCUUAUGGUCGAGCUGGCUUACAGUAGGUCAUUUUUUUUUCUCUUUUUCUUUAAGAUAUGGAAUAAAUAUAAUGUAGUAUAAUCUAACUGUGCACGUAUACACGUAUUGCUGCUGUCAUGCCAGUUGCCCGUUGUUGUUUAUUCGAGAGUUGCUACGUGUAAACUACAAGCCACCCGUGACGUUUUUAUUGUAGCCACGCGACAUGUUUGUAAAGACAAACUGUUGUACGGUAUACAAAAACAAAGUUGUUCCCCUUAUUUAUUACCUCAAAGAGCUAUUAUCUAGUGUUCAGGCCAUUCACGCUAUAUCCGAGUGCCCGUGAAUGGCCAUAAAAAAAGUCUGAAGUCGAGGGGAGGCUUAUCUGUUUUUAUCUUUGUAAACAAAGCAGUUCAAACAGUCUUCGCGACUGUAUGCACUGUAAUAUUCAGCCCCAUCAUUUUCACCGAAAUGCCGUGAAAUUCUGGUAAACCUAUUAUCUAACAUAAGCUGUUGAUUCAGGGCUGACCCUGGACCACCAAGGCCUCUUCUCAAACAUUCAUCAAGAGCCGGGAGAGGAUAUUGCAUUUGACAGUGCAGAGCAUGUAUUUUAUUUUUACUAAUUGUUAGAGCAGUGGCAUUGAUCCCCUGAGAUAUUUUUUUUUUAUAGCUGGAAAACAACGGUCUAGCAAGAGUAUUUGGAUGGAACAUGAUGGUGAAAACACAACAUGUGUCAGCAUCAGGAGCUUUGCACGAGAGAAUGGAGGUGCCUGAAGUUCUCAUGACAGGGACGUGCAGAUUUCAGCAGUUUUCUUUGUUGUGGAGUUGUGUUUCAAGGCAACAGAGCGUUUCGGGAGGUAUUUUUUAUCUGAGCCACAGUUAGGCACUUGACCAAUAAGAACAGUUUGCACAAUUUCCACCAGCUUGUCUGCAGCCCCCUUCCCACCCAGACAGUCUUCUGCCCCAGCAUGGAUGAAGUCAACGUUGUGAGAGAGGGAUGGCUCUACAAGAGAGGUGAAUACAUCAAAACGUGGCGUCCUCGUUACUUCAUCUUAAAGAGCGAUGGCUCCUUCAUUGGCUACAAAGAGAAGCCUGAGGUGUCCAGUGACCACAACCUCCCACCUCUCAACAACUUCUCUGUCGCAGAGUGUCAGCUGAUGAAGACGGAGCGCCCCAAGCCCAAUACGUUUGUCAUUCGGUGCCUGCAGUGGACCACUGUUAUCGAGCGGACCUUCCAUGUAGAAAACAACGAGGAGAGGGAGGAAUGGAUGCUAUCGAUCCAGGCUGUAGCAAAUAGCCUGAAGAGUCAGCAGCAGGAUGAGGAACCCAUGGAGAUCAAAUUUGGCUCGCCAAGUGACAUGAGCGGCACAGAGGAGAUGGAAAUCGCCAUGUCCAAAUCCCGCACAAAAGUGACCAUGAGUGAUUUCGACUACCUGAAGCUGCUGGGCAAAGGCACAUUUGGUAAAGUGAUCCUGGUGAAGGAGAAGGCCACGGGGAUGUACUACGCCAUGAAGAUCCUCCGCAAAGAAGUCAUCAUUGCUAAAGAUGAGGUGGCACACACAGUUACAGAAAGCAGAGUACUCCAAAAUACGCGGCAUCCCUUUCUGACGACACUAAAAUAUGCAUUUCAAACGCACGACCGACUAUGCUUUGUGAUGGAGUACGCAAAUGGAGGAGAACUCUUCUUUCACCUGUCCCGGGACAGAGUAUUCAAAGAAGACAGAGCUCGAUUCUACAGUGCAGAAAUCGUGUCUGCACUGGAGUAUCUGCACUCACGCAAUGUAGUUUACAGGGACCUAAAGCUGGAGAACCUCAUGUUAGACAAGGAUGGCCACGUAAAGAUAACAGACUUUGGGCUGUGUAAAGAAGGGAUCACAGACGGUGCCACCAUGAAAACCUUCUGUGGAACCCCGGAGUACCUAGCACCGGAGGUGUUGGAGGACAAUGACUACGGACGAGCAGUGGACUGGUGGGGACUGGGCGUAGUGAUGUAUGAGAUGAUGUGCGGCCGGUUGCCGUUCUACAACCAGGACCACGAGCGUCUGUUUGAGCUCAUCCUCCUGGAGGAGAUCCGCUUCCCCAAGAACCUUGCUCCUGAGGCCAAGGCCCUGCUGGCAGGCCUGCUCAAAAAGGAUCCCAAACAAAGGCUGGGAGGCGGACCAGACGAUGCCAAAGAAGUGAUGGCCCACAAGUUCUUCAUCUCCAUCAACUGGCAGGAUGUCACUGACAAAAAGCUUAUUCCACCCUUCAAGCCCCAAGUCACAUCAGAGACGGACACGCGUUACUUCGAUGACGAGUUCACAGCACAAACUAUUACAAUAACUCCUCCAGACAAGUAUGACAGUUUAGAUCCAGAGGACUCAGAUCAGCGUACGCACUUCCCUCAGUUCUCGUACUCUGCCAGCAUACGGGAAUGAUCACUCAGACUUUUGAACAAGCAGGCAGGCUGACACACGAUCACGAAUCCCACAUACACACUUGCACUGCUGGGGGAAAAUUGAACGACACAAACACAAAAGUGGCACAAAACACAUCUUCAUUCUGUCUUUAACGCACACACAUACUGGCAAAUCAGACAAGACACGGAUCAUAGAGUAUGAAAUGAACACGCAGACCAUGAGCGACUGACUGACCUCAGCAGGUUUGUGUGGACAGACCGGCAGCUUUGUCUCUGUACGUCCUCUCAGGGUUUGGCGUUUCGCUUCCCUGCAGGACCUCUGCUGCACUACACUGGGCACCACAUCAAAGCCUUGACACUUUGAAAACCAGGUUAUGCCAGCAAGUACCACCUCUUUACCAGCUGUACCCAUGCUUCACACACACAGUCACACCGACCGACCCGUGCAUAGACUGCAUAUAUAUAUACACACGAACAUACUUGAUAGAAUUUUAGAAAGUAUAAUCAAAAUUAGGAAAAUUGAAAAGAUUUGAGGAAAAUUACAAAUUUUGUUUCAUCACUUGUUACGGUUUUAAAUGUAAAGCCAUAUUUCUGCAUUUUUUUUUUUUUGUGAUUGUUUUUAAUGAUUUUUUUUUUUUAACAAGUGCUCUUUCUGGAACUUGCUGUUACAAAUCAAGCGUGGGAUUUUCCUACAGCGGGGGGGACACGGGGAAGAAUAGGAAGGCGAGAAGGAUUGCCAUUACUGUGUUUGCACUGCAAGCGAACGGACGUGUGGAUGUGCGAAUGUAUACGUGUGUGGAGUGCAAGCGAAUGUAUGAACAACCAUUUUCAUUCUCAGCCAUCCAUUCGUGUCUGUUUUUUAUGCAUGUUUUUGAAACUCUGAACUAUUGCUGGAAAAUUGACUAGAGAGGACACUACACAGCACACUUAAUGGGCUUUUUUCUUUCUUCUUUUUUUUUUUUUCAAAGGGAACAGGCAUGUAAUUAGUGACUGCUGUGAUCAGCUUGCCGUUAAGUUGACAGGAAUAGAAACUGGGAUCUUGUGCAUGGCUAACCUUUGCUUUAAAAAGCUGCAUCCAUUUAAUUCGAAGUGAUGCAGCGGUCAUCCUCUCAGAGGUCCAGGUUGGUGCGUCCAGAUCGAUGACUGACCAAAUUGUUGCUGGUUGCAGGUUAUUCUUGUGCCAGUCGCACACUGUGUUGAAGACCGUAAGAAUAGAAGGAAAGAGGACAAUGGAGACUAUUCUAGACACUUUUUGACCACAUUUUCCCCCACAACCUGUUGUGACAGACCAAUGUAGACGAACACAGCAACCUGCUGUCCUUGGUCCAGUAAUUCUCACUUCCUAUCUGAACAGUCAGACACCAGUCUUUUAUUCAUGUUGUUUUUGUAAUAUCAGUGUAAGUUUUUAAAAUAAGCUUUUGAAUGUCCCCAUAUUUAAAUAAUGAAAGGGUUCCAAUUGUUGGUAAGAGGCCAAAAAUUGUCUAACUUAGCCGUGAUGGACUUUAAACACUUCAUAUGAUUCCACAUUUGAUGUUUAGAGUGUCUGGUUUGUAUUUUCUUUAAUGCUGUGUCUUGAAGCACUUAAAUCUAUGUAGUUGUAUGUCUUGAGCAAAAGUAUGCAGGUUUACAAGCCAGCUAAAUGCCGCGUGAGCUGUUUGACCAGCCCUCAGCCUACGGGAAACGUCACCUGAAAUGAAAACCUGCAAACUUUGAGUCACGACGGCACAUGGUUGAGAGAAGCCCUGGACAGCGUGUUGGGAAGUGCUCGUUUUUGACGCAAGCAUAUUAUGUUCCAUAAUGCUGGAAGAGAUGUCGGUUGUUUUCUGAGCUUACUCUAAAGGAACAUCAAACCGGUUUGUAUGUCAUCGUUUUGUUUUUGUCUGUUGAUUUUUUUUUUUUCCCUUUUUGUCCAUCUCUCAAUUUUUUUGAAGACACAUUGUCUUGUUUAAGUAUACAUUAUAUAAAGUAUAUAUAUAUUAAAAGUUUUUUUAAACUGC